CAGGAAAAUUCCAAGAUUCGGCCGGGCAAACGCAGAGAAGGAGAAGCGCUGGGGAAAAACUCUGGGACAUGAACGUCAACGUCUUGUCGUUCUACGCAAGGACCGCGUGACUGAAGCACACAGAACGACGUAUGAUGCAAGUGUGCCCCCUUUCCCAUCGCCUUUAGUAGUCUGCAUCCCCAUCUUAGUGCUACGUUUCGUAGCUCAACCUUCUCCCGAUAUUCUAUAGCGAGCAAAAAACGACUUGACGAGUUCACGAUUUCCCGGAGCAUAUCAUAGCGGCAUCUAGCGAUACAAUAUCCAUCCAGAAGCGUAUCUAAAGCAGAAUAAGAACCAACCCCCAACCAAAACCACCCAAAAUGCCUUCCGUCCUAGGUCUCACAACAGACCCCUCCCCCCACGGCCCGGGCGCCGAACAGAAGCAGAAGAAGAAGAAGCCCCAAUUAUCAGGCGUCGCCGACGAUGCCAACCUCGAAGGCAAACAACUAGCCCGCCGCGAGAAGAAGGCCGACGGUGCUUCCCCUGACGGCGAAAACGGCGUCGAAAAGAAGAAGAACAAGAAGUCCAGCAAAUCCAAAAAGGAAAAGAAGGAAAAGCAGGGACCCCAGCAAAUGCGCCACUACUCCUCCGACGAAGAAGACGACUCGGACGAAGAAGGACCCCUCAACACCAUCAAACUCCGCAACCACGCCAAAGCAAUCGAGAUGGAGACGCUCCUCUGGGGCGCCCUCUGCCACAAGCCCAAGAGCGCCCUCAAGUAUAUCGGCAAGGGCGGCAUCAUGUGCAACCCGAUCCUGUUCGGCGAUGCGGAAGUCUACUCGGAGCGCUCCGAGCCCACCCUCAAGGAGAUGCUCAAGGAGCACGCCGACCCGCCCAUGAGCUUCAAGAUGCACAAGCCCCACGUCUGCGAGGUCGGUCUCAUGGCCAUGUCCAUCUGCUGCGACGUCACCAUCUUCCGCAUGAAUGACAACGACGAGCUCGAGGCUGAGGAGUGUCAGAUCUCGUCUAGCUGGCGGCAGGUUGCGAGCGGAGACUGGGAGAUGGCGAGCUCCAUGGCUGGAUGGCAGGAGUAGGGUCUGGUUCGUCUGACGGUUUAGAACCAAGUGAAGAGCGGUUGAUGGCGUCACUGGGCUGUUGUACUAUUUCGUAUUUCUCUUUUUCCAUCUCAUACUUGUACGGCGUCGAUGUGUAACGAUUCUAUCUGCAAUGUAAUUUACUACGGCCUGCAUGAAUUGACUAUCC